AUGAGGGCUGGUGUUGAUAUCUUUGCUCUUGACUAUGAUGCUAUUAUUGCUGCCAUGUAUGCAUUGACUGUUAGUGCCGAGGGAGACUGUUACUUGUGUGUGCCGCCUGACCCAGGUAUAGAGCCCGCUGCCCUGGGUACUAGUGAGUCUGCUCUCUCUGGUAUGGUGCCCCCUGUACUUGCUCCCUCCAGUGCUGUCCCGGCUGUUUGCGAGUCUGCUCUCUCAGGUACAGCACCCACAGAGACUGCUCUCUCAGGUACCGCACCGGCUGAGGCCUGUCACACCUUCACCCUUGACUCAGGUGCUUCCCGCUGUUUCUUUCGUGACAGUACUGAGCUCACACCGCUUCCUGCACCGGUCCCAGUCUCCUUGGCUGACCCCUCUGGGGGCCCAGUCCUUGCCCAGUCCACCACUGUGCUCCCUUGUCCGGCGGUUCCGUCUGGCUCGUUGUCGGGUUUCCACCUCCCCUCGUUCUCGACGAACCUGGUGAGCAACGCUGUCAUCCAGGAUCAGUGGGUUGACACCUUUACCCCUGGAGGACAGCGUGUGGCGAUCUGCACGUGCUCCAGGACCGGCCGUCACCUGGCUACGUUUACCCGUCGGCCGGGGUCGAGUCUCUACACACUGACCACUGCGUCUCCUCAGGUUGCUGCUGUCGGUCAGGUGUCCGCGUCAGGUCUGGUGGCCCACGCCUGUGAGUGUCGUUCCCUGUCGCACCAGACUCUUCUCUGGCACCACCGCCUGGGUCACCCCUCCUUGCCACGCCUCCGUGGCAUGCACCGUCGCUGCCUUGUGUCUGGUCUUCCCAGGUCCCUCCCUCCCCUCCCUGCCUCGCCUGCGCCGCCUUGCCUUCCUUGCGUCGAGGGGCGGCAGCGCGCCGCUCCUCACUCCUCCUCGUUCCCCCCGACAGAGGCUCCUCUGCAGACCCUCCACCUGGACGUGUGGGGCCCAGCCCGCGUUCGUGGCCAGGGCGGUGAGCGGUACUUUUUGCUGGUUGUCGACGACUACUCGCGUUACACCACGGUCUUCCCCUUGCGCACCAAGGGUGAGGUCCCUGCUGUUCUGAUCCCUUGGAUCCGCACAGUUCGUCUCCAGCUCCGCCGCCGUUUCCGGACGGAUCUUCCUGUCCUGCGUCUGCACUCUGACAGAGGUGGUGAGUUUUCCUCCGAUCUCUUGAGGACCUUCUGUCAGGCGGAGGGCAUCGAGCAGACCUUCACGCUUCCGGACUCCCCACAGCAGAAUGGGGUUGCUGAGCGCCGCAUUGGCCUGGUCAUGGAGGUCGCUCGUACCUCCUUGGUCCACGCGGCGGCUCCCCAUUUUUUGUGGCCGUUUGCUGUCCGGUACGCCGCGCAUCAGCUCAACCUCUGGCCCCGUGUCUCCUUGCCGGAGACCUCGCCCACACUGCGUUGGACGGGGGAGGUUGGCGAUGCGUCGCGCUUCCGGGUCUGGGGUGCUCGUGCCCUUGUCCGCGAUACGUCCGCGGACAAGCUCUCCUCCCGCACGCUUCCCUGUGUCUUCCUUGGCUUUGUCCCUGACGCGCCGGGCUGGCAGUUUUACCACCCCACCUCGCGCCGGGUCUUCGCCUCUCAGGACGUCACCUUUGACGAGUCGGUCCCUUUUUACCGUCUCUUCCCCUACCGCACUGCCCCCCUCCCUCCCCCGCCGCUUUUCCUUGCUCCUGGUCCCCCUCCGGUAGACCCCCUUCCCCCUCAGGGUCCUGCUCCUUCAGGUGUCUCUCAGGUAGACCCUCCUCCCGUCGCUGAGCCUGUCGAGGUCACAGGUGACUCAGGUGCUGCUGCAGGUGGUGCUGCUGGGAGUGCUGAGCCUGGGGGUGCUGAGCCUGCGGGUGCUGGGCCUGGGAGUGCUGGGACUGCGGGUGCUGGAGCUGAGGGUACUGUGCCUGGGAGUUCGGCGCCUGGGGGUGCUGAGCCUGGGGGUGCUACGACUGGGGGUGCUGAGCCUGCGUGUACGGAGUCUGGGGGUGCCGAGCCUGGGGGUACUGCGCCUGAGGGUACUGAGCCUGGGGGUGCUGCUACUGAGCCUACGGAGCCUGGGGUUGCUGCCUGA